UAGGUUUUUUUUUAAUGAGAUAUUAGCAUAAGAACUGUUGGAAGUUGAGUCGAUUAAUCUUUUGUGUAUCUCUGUGUAGAAUGUUAUAAAUCUUUCAUUUGUUUGCUUUUUUACAUCAAGUGAACUAUGAUUAAUAUAUGUUUAGUUCUCGGAGAUAUAUAAAUGAUUAUGGUAUUAAACUUAGAUGAUUUAGCAUUUGAGAUAUAAAAACUAAUAGAUUCAUAGUCUUUGUUAAUGUAUGUUUGGUUGCAUCUUGGUUGAAAAAAAAAUCUUACUAUAUAUAUUGUGAUGUGUGCCAUGUGUUUGUGAAAAGGUCUCUGAUAGAUGUCUCUCUCAAUACAUAAUCAAUAUAGUUCUCAACAUACCAUCAUCACCAUAUAUUUAGAAAAAUCAAUACAAAUGUCACUCAGUUAUUUGUCUUGGCCUUGAGCAUGUUCUUCGUGUUAGUUAGCUACUCUUCCACAACCUCCAUAAUUAUUAUUUAUAUUUAGAAUUAUUGAUAUAAAUGAGUUAUCAAUGACCAUCUUGAUGGCUAGAAUGUCAUGUGUUAAGUAAAGAGUUUGGUGUCAUGUAAUCUCAAAUUAUAGAUGCUUAAUAAAGAUUAUGGUGGUUGAACCUUUUCAUAUCCCAGGUGUCCAAGGAACACCUGCUACAAUAUGAUCACUUUAUUGAGGUUGUGAAAAAAAUUUAAGCCAAAGCUAGGCUAACUAGAAUUGAUUGCUUGGCAUCCACUGAGUUAAGGAGAAUAGAAACUUAGUUGAUCUCAUGGUUAGUUGUCUAUGGGAUGUGCUGACUGAAGUUGUAGCUGCUUUGCAAAAUGCAUAGAAAAGGAUCAAAAGAUAGUGGAAAUGGACAAAAUAAUAUUGUUUGUGGUUUUUAACGAAAGAUGGAAUGCAAACAACAAAUAUGUCGAUCAUGAAGUCAAAAUUUUGAUGGUGAAAAAUGAUAUUAAGUACUUGGAAUUUGCAAAGAUAUACAAAGAGCUCAGUUUGAAUCAAAAUUUGAUUUCAACAAAUAUCUUUUUUGACAUAAAAAUAGAUAUAAGCAAAGGAAUGAAGAUAGAAAGCGAUGUCAAUUUACAAGUCCAUCUAAACUUGAACAAGACUAUGCAAGAGUUGAAAAAAUUUCCUCUCAUCAUUGAAGUACAAAAGAGAAACCAAUCCCUUUCUUUGCCAAGAGAAGCUAGAAUUCCAACUGCUUCGACAAGCAAUGCAACAAAUCACACUUUGACUAUCACAGACAACAAUAUGAUUACUGCAAGCACUAGUGAGAUAAAAAACACUUCAUCACGAGAAUCCCACAAAAUUACAGAACAUAGGCCAGAAGCUCAAUCGCCUCUACAUGUGUUACCAAAUAUGGAGAUUGAAGACAUAAGAAUCAAUUAUGUUUUCAAGAAUAAGACUGGUCUAAAAUAUACACUUGAGAAAAUCGCCAUCAAGAAACACUUUCAAUAUAGGAUUGAAAAAUCAUGUACAGAGACAUUUUGGGCAAAAUACAUAGAUGAUAAUUGUUUAUGGUAUAUACGUGUGAGAAGCACAAAACUUCCAGACUACUUUAGAGUUAUCAAGUACCAUAAACAACACAAAUGCUCCUUAAAUCACAAAAAAAUCGAGAAUAGACAAAAAAGUGCAAAAGUCAUCAGUAAUUACUUCAAAGAGGAGUUUUGUGACCCAAGUUCAACCUACCGACCAAGGCAAAUAAUACGAGACAUGAGAGAUGAUUAUGGGGUAGGUGUAACGUACAAUAAAGCAUGGUGAGCAAAAGAACUUGCAAUUGAUGAUGUUAGAGGCUCAAAUGAGGAAAGUUAUGCAUUGUUACCUUCAUACUUGCAUAUGCUAAAAUUGGCCAACCCAUGAACUAUCACAAGAAUAGAGAAAGAUGAAGAAAACAAGUGUGAAUAAUAUUUAUGGUUUGCAUUCCUAUUUUUAGUGCUUUACUGUUCACAAUCCAUACCUUACGUUUCUAGAAAUGGGCUCUUUUUUUUUUUUUUUAAUUUUAUAGGUUCAAAUAUAUGUUUCUUGCUUUUGGUGCUUCAUUGGAUGGCUGGAAACACAGUAGACUAGUUAUAGUGGUAGAUGGUACAUUCUUAAAGACAAAAUGUGGAGGCACACUAUAUGUAGCUUGUGUUAAAGAUGAAAACAAUCAAAAAAAUUUGCUUGUCUUUUGAAUUGGGGAUUCAGAAAAUGACAAUGCAUGGAUAUGGUUCUAUAGAGCUAAAAGAAGCAAUAGGAGAUCGAGAAGACUUGUGCAUAGUAUUUGACAGGCACAAAAGCA